CUUACUUCCUCGCCGCAACAUACGACAAGCAUACGCCUCUCUUCUCAUUGCUCAUACACCCCGACUCUCGUGCUGACCCCAGGAAGGACCUAACGAAAACGCCAUGUCAUCGCAAGAACCACUCAAGCACGUCCUGGUUACCGGAGGCGCAGGGUACAUCGGCUCACACGUCAUCUACACCCUGCAGGCAACUCGGCGGUACAAAGUCAUCUCAAUUGACAACCUGCACAACGCCCACCCAGAGUCUCUCGACCGCGUCGCACAGCUUGCUCGCGACUCGCUUCCACCGGACGCGUCCGAGCAGGACAAGGACACCGCCGAGAUCGAUGGCCAUACGUGCGACCUCACGAAGCGCGACCAGAUACGGGCCGUGUUCGAGAAGUACGGCAAGGGCGGCAUUUGGGGUGUGAUCCAUAUUGCGGCAUACAAAGCGGUCGGCGAGUCAACACAGAUUCCUCUGAUAUAUUACGAGAACAAUGUUUCUGCGACGAAUUAUCUCCUUCAAGUCAUGGAAGAAUUCGACUGUACCCGCAUGGUCUACUCGUCCAGCGCGACUGUCUACGGAACUCCUCCAGUAAUCCCCAUCCCCGAGACCACCCGGCUGAAGGCAGACAGUCCGUAUGGCAAAACCAAAGUUAUGAGCGAAACCAUCCUUGAGGAUCUCUGUGCCUCAGAACCCCAGAGAUGGCGAGCACUCUCCUUGCGGUAUUUCAACCCCGCAGGAGCACACCCAUCCGGCCAGAUUGGUGAAGACCCACGCGGCCGACCUGGAAACCUGCUUCCGCUGCUCGCACACAUGGCCAUCGGACGCGUCAAGGACAGCAAGCUGCGCGUGUUCGGGAACGACUACCCGACGCCGGACGGCACCUGCGUGCGCGACUACCUGCACGUGCUCGACCUCGCGAAGGGGCACCUGCUCGCGCUCGACGCGCUCGCGCCCGAGAGCAAGGUCUUCGACAACUGCCCGGCCGACGCGCGCUUCAAGGCGUACAACCUCGGCCGCGGCAAGGGCGUCAGCGUGCUCCAGAUCGUCGAGGCGAUGAAGAAGGCGACCGGCUACGACUUUGAGUGGGAGAUCGUCGGACGGAGACGAGGAGACGUCCCUGACCUGACCGCGGACCCGGCGCUCGCGCAGAAGGAGCUCGGCUUCACGGCGCCGCAAGACCUCGAGACGAUGUGCCGGGAUCUGUGGAACUGGCAGACGAAGAACCCGUGGGGCUACGGUGAGCCCGAGGGCGAGCUCGCACCCCGCGCGCAGCACGUUGCGGAGAAGCUGAAGCGCGAGACGAAUGGCGUGCCCGUCAAGUCAUAAUCGAAGAAAUCUUAUAGAAGAGAAAAGCACAUAAGCCGAAGAUAUCAAGUUUGAGGACGGACAUUCGAGCAGAUUGCACGAGUAGCACAUAAACUUCGCUUAAUACUAUGGAAUAGAUUGCAGAAUACGUUUUGUGUUCCGGCAUACGUACCACGCCAGCAUGGCUGAUCAUGCCUCGGCCGUGUUGAGUCAAUUGUUUACGUUAAUUACCUUCAUUUCCG